AUGGAAUCGUACUUGAAACAGUACCUCAGUGACGAGAUUCGUGAAGUGCUCAGCGAGCCAGACGCUUCGGCGCAUGUUUCGGUCCGUGUCGACCUCGCGCAUUUGGAACGACACGAGCCCGCCCUAUUGGCCCGGCUGUUGCAAUCCCCAACCGUCGAGAUGCUGCGGUGGGACGCGUGUUUGCGAAGCGCCCAGGCGUCAUUGCGUCUCUCCGACGUUCGGCUCCCCGCAAGCUUGGCAGUGAAACAAAAUUGCCAUACACGUUUCGUCAACCUGCCCGGGAAGCGGGAGGCAUUUCCGGACACGGAAAACCUGCACGAAUUUGAGGCCUUUCCGGACACCGAAAACCUUCGCGAAUUUGUGCAGGUACAAGGUUGUGUGCUUCGGAUCACGCCGAGCCGCUGCUAUGAGUACAGACGAUGGUACAAGUGGGCACGCUGCCGGCUGGAGGUGCUGAUAGAUGCAGACUACUGUCGGCUGUACAUUUUCGACAAACCAGGACCCUGCAGGGCCGCAAGCUGCGGGAGCUUUUUGCAAGUUGUGUCGGAAUAACCGCAGCAGGAGAAUUAUAGAGAUGUACAGGACAUUCGCAUCACGGAAAUUAUGAGGCCGGCCUCAUUGACUGUGACACUGAAGGACGACCUCGUCGAUGGCUGCUGGCCGGGGGAUCACGUCACCGUCGUAGGCCGCAUGGAACAUCGCAGCAAACCGCCGGUCGUUGGCCAACGUACCGCCAUUACGAUCGCAUUGCGGGCCAACAGCUUGGUUCGCGAAGGCAUAAAAGACAAUUGGGCCAAAGACAAGCUUGAAUAUAAGAUGUGCGCGGAAGCCGAUCGGGACGAUGCUGUGGCAGCUAUCGGUGCGCUGGCGGCAAGGGAUUUUCUAAUCCAAUCGAUCGCCCCCCACAUUCACGGUAUGCAUCCAGUGAAGCUGACUGUGGCACUGUCGUUGGCAUCCUGCAAGGAGCGUCCGUGUGAAGAUUCUUCUUCUACCACCGUUCGGGAACAGUCACACUUGCUGUUGGUCGGUGAUCCGAGCCUGGCUAAAUCACAACUGCUGAAGUUUGCAUCCGAGAUUGCGAGCCCUGCCGUGUACAUCAACGGUAUGGGUUGCUCCGCGGCCGGCCUAACGGCAGCCGCUGUGAAAGGUGACGAUGGUGAGUGGGAGCUGGAAGCAGGGGCUUUAGCUCUGGCGGACACCGGCGUCUAUUGUAUUGAUGAAUUCCUACUGACGAGCAAAACCGAACAAGGAUCGCUGCAUGAAGCGAUGGAACAGCAGAGCGUCUCGGUGGCUAAAGCGGGGAUAGCAGCUUUGACAAGGCAAAACCAUUGUUCGAUCGCUCCCAGCCCCUAG